CAAAAGCCGCCACUGAUCAUGGGGAAGCGGCGCCGGCUCCGCAACAUGCUGACGGUGUCGGACGGCUACUGGGGGUUCGUGCAUCAGAAGCGCUUCUACCGGUGGCUGUACGCGUCGCUGACGUUCUUCGCCAUCUUUGCCGUGGUCGUGGCCUUCUUCGACGUCGGCGCCGGUACGACACACGCCGCGAGUUUUGUGGCUAGCAAGUACACGCAAGGCGAGCUAGACGAGAACCAACGUCUGCUGCAGUGGAUCUACAUAUUCUACCCGACGCCCUUCGGCUUCGCGUGGUUUCUCGUCUACUUCGCCAAGUUCCUCUUUUGCUGGAAGAUAAAACGUCUGCGGAAGGCACGCAACUACAAAUACAACCUCAUGCUGGCUUCGUUGGUCGUGGCCGUCUUCUACGCUGUUGUGCUGAAGUCUGUGCUCAAGAUGACGCUUUUUUCAGGCCCCAAACUGCGUAGCGCCGUCGUGAUCGGCCUUUGCGAGCUUGGAUUGGUCGGGAUUGAGGUGUUCGACGAGCGCAAGGAGCGCAAAGAGCGACACCGGAAGAAGAAGCUGCUUCGGGAGCAGCAGGCAGCUGAAGAGCAAAUGUAUCGCCAACAUGAACACAUAUCGGACGCAGCGGCGCAGCAGCAAUUGACACAAUCCAGAGACCCCGCGAGUAUGCUGUAG